GCAUAGACAAAAAUAUAGAUUUUCUUCGGAUAUGGCCGCUGUAUCGGCAAUACAACAUCUGCAAUGUUUUGUUUAAUCAUUUUUAUAAGAUGAAUGAAGGCUUUUUAACAUAUAAGUAGUGAAUAGUGGACUGUGUAAAGUUCUGUGAUAAUUUGUAAUGGAUGCAGAGAGCGGAUAUGGAAUACAAAGAGCUCAUGAUGCAAUGCAAACGAUAGAAACUAUCCAGUCGAUGAUCGACGUUUCAGCUGACAGACUAGAGGGUUUGAGGACGCAAUGUUCUACGAGCGCAGAGCUGACCCAGCACGAAAUCCGGACCCUGGAGGGCAAGCUGGUGAAGCACUUCUCUCGCCAGCUGUUCAUCAAGGCGCGGUUCGGUGAAGAGCUGAACGAUGAGGUGCGGGGCGUGCCUUGUCUCGCGCAGUGGCUCAGGGUCGUGGGACUCGGUCCGGACGCCAUUAAUGCGGUGUGCUCGCGGGUGCCGUCGCUGGAGGCGCUGCGCGAGCGCUCGGACCACGAGCUGCGCGCGCUGCUGGCCGGCGUGCGCGACGAGGAGCAGCGCCGCCUGUGCUGCGCCAUGAACCGCCUCGCCGCCUACACCGAGGCGCUGAUGCGCGGCGAGGGUGGCACCGAGCUGGAGCUGUUCUGGGACUCGUGGGACCGCUCCCACGGCGAGCGGCACGCGCGCGGCUCGCCCCGCCCGCGGCCGCGGCCCACGCCCGCGCCGCCCCACCCGCCCCACGACUCGCCGCCGACCCGGAUGGGUGGCAAGUCGCCCACGACGCCGGUGGGCAAACGGAAACAGAAUUCGACCCUUCCACCACCAGCCGCGCUCACCAAGUCACGGUCGCACGAGUCGCAGCUCUCAGUGCGGACCGACGCCGCUGACCUCAGCGACAAUAGCCAGUCAUCAGCGGUGUGUGGGGCGGAGUCGCCGCCGCCGUCGCCGGAACCCGACGGGUUGGCGACGCGUAACCACUACAACAAUGUCUCCGGCGUGGCGGGCUGCCCGCGGUCGCCGCCGCCGCCGCCGCCGCCGCGCACGCCGCGCACGCCGCGCACGCCCACGGUCAGCCGGUGCAUGGCGCACGACAUCGCGCACCGCUUCACCAAGACCAUGCUCAUCGCCACCUGCGACUACUGCGACAAGCAGAUGCUCUUCGGCUCCGGCCUCAAGUGCAAGGAGUGCAAGUUCAAGUGCCACAGAGACUGCGAAAGUAAAGUUCCUCCGUCGUGUGGUCUCCCACCUGAGUUUGUGAUUGCCUUUAAAGAAAAAUUUCACAAAGACGUGCCGGUGACGAGCGCGUUGUACGGUGCGGGGGGAGGGUGUGCGUCGCCGGUGUCGGCGCGGGGCUUCCUGGCGUCGCUCACCAGCCGGCCGCGCCGCCGCCACCACCCCGCCGCGCACCAGCAUGCGCCUGCGCAGCCGCACUACACGCAGGGCGGGCCGGACUCGUCGUCGAAUACGUCGUCGUGUAACAGCUCGGCGCCGUCGUCUCCGGCGCUGGCGCUGCCCACCACGCCGCACCACGCGGCGCACACCCACCCGCACCCACACCCCCACCCGCACCCGCCCGCUGCACACCACCCCCAUUCUACCCACCCCGCACACACGCCCCACCCGCCGCAUCCGCCCACGGCCAAGCAGCAGUUCCAUUUUCCAGACGUGAAGCCGGCUGCGUCGAGUCCGAACCACACGUCGGCCGCGUCGCCGCCACGAACGGACGGUGGUGACGACCUCACCGCCAGCGUCAAGAGCGAGAGGUCGCUGGUGUCGCUGAGCGGGUCCAACUCGACGGACAGCAGCGGCCCGCCGCGCGCCGACUCGCUCGACGCGCACGGCAACCACGCCGACGCGCGCUGGCCGCGCCAGAACAGCCUGUCGAUGAAGGAAUGGGACAUCCCGUACGACGAGCUGAAGCUGUUCGAGACGAUCGGCACGGGCCGCUUUGGGACCGUGUACCGCGGCAGCUGGCACGGCGCCGUCGCUGUCAAGCUGCUGCACGUGCACUCGCUCAGCGACCACGGCGUGCCGCUCGACACCUUCAAACACGAGGUGGCAACAUUCCGCAAGACCCGGCACGAGAACUUGGUACUGUUCAUGGGCGCAUGUAUGAAGCCGCCGCGGCUCGCGAUCGUCACGUCACUGUGCAAGGGCAUGACCCUCUACACGCACAUCCACAUACGAAAGGACAAGUUCAACGCGAAUAGGAGCGUCAUCAUCGCGCAGCAGAUCUCACAGGGUAUGGGUUAUCUACACGCGCGAGGCAUCAUUCACAAAGACUUGAAGACAAAAAAUAUAUUUCUGGAGAAUGGAAAGGUGGUCAUCACGGAUUUCGGUCUCUUCAGUGUAACCAAGUUGUGUUUUGGCAACAACGCCCGCGGCGACAGCCUGGGCAUCCCGCCGGGCUGGCUGUGCUACCUGGCGGCCGAGCUGGUGCGAGCGUUGCGCCCUCACGCUUCCUUACAUCUGCCCUUCUCCAAAGCCACCGACGUCUACGCAUUCGGUACUGUAUGGUACGAACUGCUAUGCGGGGAGUACCCAUUUAAAGGGCAGCCGCCUGAGGCGAUCAUCUGGCAAGUUGGCAAGGGCGUCAAGCAGUCGCUAGCGAACAUGCAAGCCUCUAGAGAUAUUAAGGACAUCCUGAUGCUGUGCUGGUCGUACCGGGCGAGCGAGCGGCCCGACUUCCCGAGCUUACUCAUCACACUACAGAAGUUGCCGCGGAAACGACUAGCGCGCUCUCCCUCGCACCCCGUACACCUGUCUCGGUCGGCGGACUCCGUCUUCUGAGAACGGCUCGCUGGCGCACUCUGUGUGCGGCCCUAAUGAUGUACAGCCUUCGGUUACUAUAGAUGUAUAGACUUGUUUCCUUUGCCUCAUUAUAACAAUUAUAAUUGGACAAAGUAAAGGAAUCACUCGCAAACAGCCAAAGUUCAGAGUUGAACAACGACCAAGAAUGUAAUUUUCUAGAGUUGAAACAACUCAGAAGAAUCACAUUUCUAUGGAAGCAUUGCGGGAGUAAUAUGGAGCGAUUGGUUAUGAACCGAAUUUUGAUGUUACACAUGAGGGGUAAUAUUUCUCAAUGGCGAAUAUGAGGGAAUCUAAUAGACUGUCUUCGUAUUAUUUCAAUUAUUUAGAACACGAACUUGUCUAUAUAGUUGCAGAAAGACAAAAGUGAUGCUCAAAAAAUAAUUCAUAAAAAUAUUACUUGCCAAUACAUCCAAUAGGUUGAAGUUGCUAAUUUAGGUGUUGCUGUGUUUGACAGUCAUUGUGUACGAGUAUGUACGAUAACGAAUUUGUAUGUUUUGAAUUUCCACUAUACGUAGUAUAGCGGGAAGCUGUCAAAAUACCAGUUAAAUUGGGAGGGCAAUAUUGACAGUUUUUCUUGUAAAUAUAUAUGUUAAUUUUUGUUCAAAUAUUCGAUUCCAAAAUUAAUUUUUUUUUUAAGUUUUUAUAAAAAUUGACGAUCUUGUCUUCCCAGUUUGAGCAAUAAUUAAUUUAUAAACUUUACUGUUAUAUUUAAAUUGAUAUAACGAACGGGUAUUCGCUACUUAGUGUGACAUUAUAAAUACGUGAAGCUCUUGUAAAUUAUGUUAAUAUAAUGACUAUUGUAAGUAAGCCCUGAUCUCCGAUUAAUCGAUAGAUUAAAUUAUAUUUUCGUAUUUUUAAAAUGUGAAAAGUUGACUGCUUUGUUGAUAAUGUAAAUAAUGUACAGUGUUACGGAAAAUUGCUGUGAUUGUGACUAGAUGGGGCGCACUGCACUUUGACUGAAGUACACUAGGCGAUAAGGAUAUUAGUGAUAAUGCAAUGUGGUUAAACUAUGAAUAGGAGUGUCAAUGACCUCGACCUGUCAACUGUCACCUGAAAAGCAUGGAUUUCAUGGACCUUUGGAGAACACAGUGUAUUUUGUGAUAUGUUAGUCCAUGUUUAUAGGUGACGAUUAUCCAUAGGUAGUUAGCUUAUUUACCAUUCCAUGUUGUAUAAUUAUAUUAAAAAUUAAAAAUGUAUCGUUUAAAUCUAAAGCAUAUAUAUUUUUUUUUUAAAUUAUGUUCUGAUUUUUAUAUUACUCUUAUUGACAGUUCAUAAGUCGCAAUAUAGCAGCCUUAUUCAUAUUUAAUCGCAUUGUAAACCAGUGUCCACAGGGAGAGUUCAAUAAAACAAACAGUGUUGAGUCAUUUUUGUAGACUUUAGGAAGCUGGGGUUAACUGGUUCAAUCCCAAUGUCUGAAAUUCUGUUUGUUUU